AUGGAUUCCACUGAAAACGAAAGUUCUUCCCAUCGAAAGAAGAGGGCCAAUCCUGAUUUCUACCAAAGAAGCAUUAUUAAAAAGGAACGUGUAAAAGGCGAACCUUAUAAAAACUACAAGGGUAAUAAUAUUCCUGGCAAAAUACUUGGCUCCGCUUGCAGUUGUCGAGCAAAGUGUUUUGAAAAAUUCGCCAACGAAGAACUGCACUCAAAUAUGGUGCGCUUUAUUUCUCUUGAAUCUAAGGAUCAACAGGACAUAUGUCUGCAAGGACUGAUAGAGGUUCGAAGUAUACAGCGGCGGCGCGCUAGGGUUGAGGUGGGAACUAAAGCAAAAUCCAAUACCUUUGAAUACACAUUCAAGGGUUCAGACAAGAUUGAAGUUUGUUUGAAAGCAUUUAUCUCAGUAUAUGGUAUAACUUUGGGUCGAGUUAGAAGACUUAAAGAUCUUGCCGUGCUAGGAAAAUCCCCUAGAGGCUUACGUGGAAAAAAUCCAAGUGGUAAUCAACUCGGCGAAGAACUUCAGUUUGCUGUUCGAGAACACAUUCAGUCGUUUCCCGUUAAAUUAAGCCAUUAUGCAAAUCGAGAAGUUAAGUACUUAAAUAGUGAGCUGAAUUUAAAGAUUAGGUACGACUUAGGAAAAAUACCCCACAUUGAAAGUCAGCUACCCAUAUUACACAAAGUAUUUUCGAGAACAUUCUUUUUUGAGAUUCGGACGCCCUCAAGUUGA